CGUGUCGUCACUCGGGAGAGGCGGAAGUUCAGAGGUCGUGCGAAAUCACGGAUGUCACUGUAAACACCGAGUUUACAUCGCGUUUACUGUGUUUGAUCUGAUCUGACCUGAAGAACUGUGGGUGCUCUGCUUUACUGAAAGGGAUGAAUGUCUCCACGGCUGAUAUUUACGAACACAGUCACUCCUGCAAACGUUAAGCGCUGAAGAUGAUGCCGCUGUCCGUCCGAGGCCUGUGUUUCCUCCUCAUGCUGUUCCUCGGCAGCUUCUUCGGGAGUGUGUUCCUGCUGGGUCCGGUUCUGCCACUCAUGCUGGUGUCGCCGGCCUGGUACCGCUGGAUCACGGACCGCAUCGUGGCCACAUGGUUCACGCUCCCCGUGGCGCUGCUGGAGCUGGUGUUCGGGGUGAAGGUGGUCAUCACGGGCGACGGCUUCGUUCCCGGCGAGCGCAGCGUGAUCAUCAUGAACCACCGCACGCGUCUGGACUGGAUGUUCCUGUGGUGUUGUCUCCUGCGCUUCAGUUUCCUGCGUCUGGAGAAGGUCUGCCUCAAGGCGGCGCUCAAGGCCGUGCCCGGCUUCGGCUGGGCAAUGCAAGUGGCCUCCUUCAUCUUCAUCCACCGCCGCUGGGAGGAAGAUCGCACACACAUGUCCAACAUGCUUCAGUAUUUCUGCCACAUCAAGGAGCCGCUGCAGCUCCUGCUGUUCCCCGAAGGCACCGACCUCACCGAAAACACUCGAGCCCGGAGUGACGCGUUUGCAGAGAAGAACGGUCUUCCGAAGUACGAGUUCGUUCUUCAUCCUCGCACCACCGGCUUCACCUUCAUCGUUGACACGCUGCGGAAAGGAGAUAACCUGGACGCGGUCCACGAUAUAACGGUGGCGUAUCCGCAGAACAUCCCUCAGACGGAGCGGCACCUGGUUCUGGGUCUGUUUCCCCGGGAGAUCCACUUCCACGUGCGGCGCUACGGCGUGUCGGUUCUGCCCAGGUGUGCGCCGGAUCUGCAGCUGUGGUGUCAGGAGCGCUGGCGGGAGAAGGAGAACCGGCUCAGGGAGUUCUACCGGGCCGAGCCGCGCCGCUUCGACGAGCCCGAGGCCCGCGUGCCGCCCUGUAAGAGCCAGCUCAGGGUGUCCCUCAUCAAAGCCUGGUCGCUGGUGUUCUGGACCGGCUUCAUCGGCGCCUCCUGCCUCGGCCUGUGGCUCUCGGCCCCCUUACGCAUCUACUUCCUGUUCAUGGUGAUCUUCUUCCUGGGUCAGCUGAGGGUCACGGGGGGGGUGGAGCUGAUGGAGCUAGCGUGUCACCGCUACUGGAGCUCGCGGGGAGGAGGAGUGGAGGAGAAGGAGGAGUGAGGAGACGCGUGUGAGCGAACGGCCACAGCACCUCCUGCUGGCGAGAGGAUGAAGCGCAGCUCCUAAUGAGGGACUCAUCGCACUCAUUAGAAACGCAUCAUGCGAGCGCUGGCGAAUUACAUUAAUCACUGUGCGAACGAAUGUCAUGCCUGUGGAAGCUUGUUCCACCGUGGAGUUAAAAAAAGGUCAUCGCAACUUUUUCUCUCCGAAAAAGAACACACAGAAUUGUGAGAUUUGCAGUUUGCGAGAAAAAGUCGCAAUUACCUUUAUCCUGUGGUGAAAGCAAGACGACGGAAUUGAGAGACAACGUCAAAAUUGCAAAAUGUAAACGCAAUUCUGAAAAAAAAAAUGUCGCAAGAUAUAAAUGCGCAGUUGUGAGGAAAAAAAUCGUGAUGAUCGUUGUUAUUUUUUAUUCAAGCUUCCAUACGUACCUGAGCUGAGGCCUCGUCUGUUAGCGUCUCUCCUGUUCCUCUCUCUCAGUCUCGCUGGCUUCCUCGUGUUUUAGUAGCUCAGUCCUGACCCGCACAUGACAUGCGGACAAAAAUAUAUAUAUAUCACGGCCACGAUAAUCAUUCAUUCCCUCGUAUAACUAAACCGUGUGCACGCUAUAAUCAUUUGUUCCUUCAUCUUAAGUAAAUCAUCUGCACAAUAUAAUAAUUCAUUCCCUGUUGAACUAAAUCGUGUGCACAAUGUAAUAAUUUGUUUCCUCGUUUUAAAUAAAUCGCGCAUACGAUAGAAUUCGUUCCCCCAUUUUAAGUAAAUCGCACACAAAAUAUAAUAAUAAUUCGGUCCUUUGUUUUAAAUAAAUAACAAUAUAAUUAGUUCCCCCCUUUUAAGUAAAUCGCACACACAAUAUAAUAAUUCGCUCCUUCGUUUUAAAUAAAUCUUGCACACAAUAUAAUAGUUUGUUUCCUUGUUUUAAGUAAAUGGAGGUAAUAAAUUAGUAAAACAUGUUGAUGUAUUAGUAAGUGGUGGGAACUAAUUGUUGAUAUAUAUAUUUGUUCUUAUGUCAUGUGUGGCUCUGUGGGUUAAUCACGAGUUACAGCCAUAUUUUUAAGAGCUAUUGUAUUUUUGAAACUUAUUGUUUUUAAAGCUUAUUUAUUUAUUUUAUAGUAGUGGAUCACAGCCGUAGCACAUCAUCAGCUUUGAGUGCUCGUGGAGAGUAAUGUUUAAGUGUUGUUAACAUCAGGAGUGUGUUCUCGGCUCUUACACGCGAACCAAGUGAAGAUUCUCAGACAAUCCGCUUUUAAAUCAGGGCAAACGCUGAUUUACCAAUUCACUAGAUUACAGAAUAUCUGGCCAAAACUGAGUCCCAUUGGCCUGACCUUUGACCUCUGGUGUUCCUCCUCGUGUCUUGGUGUGUGAUGGAGGAAGACCAGCUCACUGUGAUCAGUUCACACACACACACACACACACACACACACGUCCCUAAUGCACAUGUCCAACCCUCACUAUCACUCAGGUAUAUUCAAUCACUGUAAUCUAUAAUCAAUACUCCAAUAAAUCAAUGUUCUGUGUUUCUUUUCAA